AUGCCGAAACCAUCUUCUCCAAUGUCUCUCGUAUUGGUUCAGAACAUCUUCUCUCGGCCUAGCAUCUUCGACGGCCAAAUGCCGGUUUCUGCUGUGGAGGACGUCCUUGGAACCAAGCCUCCCAAGUUCUGGUUGAGCGUUCAGUACGAUGCCUUCUACAUGGAACACAAGCUGAGCGCAGCCGAGUACCUGAGGAGCUUGCGAUUACGCGGCAUUAAUGUCAUCUCAUCUCCGGAGAUCGGUUUCUUGAAGAGCAUAGGGAUGGACGCAGGCAGAGCCAAGACAAAGCUCAUAUUCGAGUUCAAAGACCCCGAGGCCAUUGAACCCACCACCAACAAGAAAUACAGCGAGCUUCAACAGAACCUCGCAGCAAUUAAGGCCUUUGCUUCAGGCGUUCUUGUCCCCAAAGACUACAUUUGGCCUGUUGACACGGCUAAAUACCUUAAGCCUGCCACCACCUUUGUGGCUGAUGCCCACAAAGCCGGUCUAGAGGUCUAUGCUUCUGGCUUUGCCAAUGACAUGCGUACCAGCUUCAACUACAGCUUUGAUCCCUCCGCUGAGUAUCUCCAGUUUGUGGACAAUGGCCAGUUCUCUGUUGAUGGCAUCAUCACCGAUUUCCCACCAACAGCAUCACAAGCCAUUACUUGCUUUUCUCACCAAAAGGGCAAUCUCCCCAAAGUAGGGAAUGCGUUAGUUAUAUCUCACAAUGGAGCAAGCGGGGACUAUCCAGGCUGCACUGAUCUGGCUUACGAGAAAGCAGUCAAUGAUGGAGCAGACGUUAUUGACUGUUCUGUCCAGAUGUCCAAAGACGGAAUCGCUUUCUGCCAUGAUUCUGCAGACCUCACAGCAAGUACUACCGCCAUGACUACUUUCAUGUCUCGAGCCACAAGCGUUCCUGAGGUCCAGCCUACCAAUGGCAUUUUCUCUUUUGAUCUUACAUGGGCCGAGAUCCAGUCUGUGAAGCCACAAAUUGAGAACCCCUUCACUUCCACGGGCUUCUUGAGAAACCCUGCAAACAAGAACGCUGGGAAGUUCACGACUCUUGUUGACUUUCUUGAAAUCAGCAAAGCAAAGGCAGUCACCGGAGUUUUGAUAAACAUCGAGAACGCUGCUUAUUUAGCAUCAAAGAAAGGCUUAGGAGUUGUAGACGUAGUUAAGUCCGCUCUGACCAAUUCCACACUCGACAAGCAAUCUACUCAAAAGGUUUUGAUUCAGUCAGAUGACAGUUCAGUUUUAUCUAGUUUCGAGGCUGUCCCUCCUUACACUAGAGUCUUGAGUAUCGACAAGGAGAUUGGAGAUGCUCCCAAGCCAUCCAUCGAAGAAAUCAAGAAGCAUGCAGAUGCUGUCAAUCUCAAGAGAACUUCCCUCUUCACCGUGUCCCAAAGCUUUACCACAGGAAAAACUAACGUGGUAGAGGAAAUGCACAAAGCGAAUAUCUCUGUUUACGUCUCUGUGCUAAGAAACGAAUACAUCUCCAUAGCGUUCGACUACUUCUCUGAUCCUACUGUAGAACUUGCAACAUUCAUUGCAGGAAGUGGCGUUGAUGGAGUCAUCACAGAGUUCCCUGCCACGGCUACCAGAUACUUAAGGAGUCCAUGCUCAGAUUUAAACAAAGACCAGCCCUAUGCAAUCUUACCUGCAGAAGCUGGCGCUCUAAUGGCCGUGGCAGACAAGGAAGCACAACCACCAGCAAGCGCUCCAAACCCGCCUCUUGAUGCCAAAGACGUGAUCGAUCCGCCUUUGCCUCCGGUUGCAAACAUAGACUCCUCCAAUGGAACUGGAGGAGGUCAGCCACAUACUCCUCCUCCUUCAGGCACCGUUGCCACUGCUGCUAAUCUCAGUCUUUCCUUGCUGGCAAUGAUGGCUUUCGGACUCCUCUAUACUGCCUAAAAAGAUUGAUCACACCGUAUACAAACUGACACAAUUUGAGCUAUCUAUGUUUUACUCAUGUUAACCAAAAUAUGCAGCAAACUGUGAUUUGUUGGUAUGGAUCGAAAGCUCUAAGUAAAAUUUCUUUGUUGUCGUAGGAAUGUUUGAUUUCGAUAAAGAUUUUGAAGCUUUAUAAUCGUUCAUA